AUGUACCUCGUUUGGUGUAAAAGUACAAGCAUAAGCUUCUUAAACUGUUUGGUCGGGCUGCUGGUCGGUUUCAAAACUGCAGAGUGUUUCCUUGGUCUGCCAUUCGCUACCCAGCCCGCCAGCAUAUGGUCGGGGUUGCUCCGGAGUCCACCGAGAGGAUGGAACAGCACGCAGGGCCGGAUCGUGGACGGCGCCCUCUGUGAUCGGCAGUGCGUGUCGGGCGAAGAGCCUCUCACCUGUCACUUUCGCUGGAAACUGGAGAAUUUCGCCAGCAUGGGAUCUUCGUGCUGGCGCUGCGCCCAAGGCAACAGGGCCCACUGCUUCCACCGGCAGUGCGUCACGGCGGACGGGCUGGAGCGGGGCGUGGUCACCAUCAACCGGCAGAUCCCGGGGCCCACGAUUCACGUCUGCAAGCACGACACGGUCGUCGUGGACGUCGAGAACGCCCUCGAAGGGCUCGGCUCGACGAUUCACUGGCACGGAGUCCAUCAGACCGACAGCCCGUGGAUGGAUGGCGUACCCAUGGUGACCCAGUGCCCCAUCGCCCAGGGCACCACGUUCCGGUACCGCUUCCGGGCCGCCGAAGCGGGAACCCAAUUCUACCACUCGCACGCCGGGUUUCAGAAGGCGAACGGCCACUACGGACUGGUGGUGGUCCGCAAUCCGGACGAUCUGAACCGGGCACGGUACGACCACGACCUCUCGGAGCACCGAAUCAUCAUCGCCGACUGGACGCGGGACAUGGUGGAGAAGUGGGUCCCGGGGAUCCAGAGCGAGUCGAUGCGGGUCGACUCCAUCCUCAUCAAUGGCCGCGGACGGUACUUUAAUGAAACGGCCGGCACGCGCACCGAGGCCCCCCUGACCGUGUACCGGGUGGAGCCGGGCCAGCGGUACCGCUUCCGGCUUGUCAGCACCGGCAGUCAGUACUGCCCGUUCCAACUGCAGAUCCAGGACCACAGGAUGUUGAUCCUUUCGACCGACGGUGGCACCGUUCAGCCUCGGCACACCGUCGACACGCUGGUAUCUAUAUCGGGCGAACGUUAUGAUUUCGUGCUCACCGCCAACCAGCCACCCGGCAAUUACUGGCUCCGAGUGCGUGGCAUUGGGUUCUGCAAUUCGAUGCGCGUCGAGGACUUCGCCAUCGUCUCGUACAUCACCGACGACGGCGACGGCCGUGGGACGGAAGCUGGGCUUAGCAUGGUCCAAACGCUGGCAUUUCCCCGACAGCGGAUACCCUCGUACGAUGAGCCGUUUCCGGUUGGCAGCGUGCUGAACUUUCAGGCGGCACCGUGCUACACACCGGGCGAUCCGUUCAUUUGCGCGGCCGACCUCGAGUCGUACGAAGCUUUCCGCGACGACGACCUCAUCGAUGCCGUGCCGGAUGUUACGUUUCACGUCGGGUUCUACGUGUGGAGGGCAUCGAACAGUUUCCUGUUUUCCGAGCAUGGCACGAGCCAUUUUGCGACGGUGCGGGAUGAUUUUAACACGAUCGCUGCAACGAACAUGAUCAGCUUCGAGCCACCCUCCUUCCCGCUGCUGAUUGAGCCGGAGCUGAUAGUCGACGAGGAUGCCCAGUUCUGCAACACCAGCCACAAGCCCGACCACUGCACCGACGACACGCUCUGCUUCUGCACCCACCGCCUAAAGGUGAAGCUUAAUGACAUCGUCGAAAUAGUGCUCUUCGAUACUGCGAAAGUCGUCCAGGAGUUCUAUCAUCCCUUUCAUCUGCACGGUCAUCGGUUUAUAGUGACCGACACUGGUCGAUUUCCCAGCAGCUUAACGACGGAUCACGUGCAGUACCUCCAGAAGCUGCGGACGGUGCGGCGCCCGAACGCCCUGUCGCCGCCGUACAAGGAUACAAUGUCCAUACCGAACCGUGGCUUCGUUAAGAUUCGCUUCCGAGCGAACAACCCCGGGUUUUGGUUGGUGCACUGCCACUUCGAAUGGCACCUUGCCAACGGGAUGGGCCUGGUGCUGCAGGUGGGCGAACUGUCGGAGAUGCUGAAGCCGCCGGCCGACUUUCCCCGGUGUGGCAGUUACCAGCCGCCGCUCGCUGGCGAAGUGGCGCAUAACUUCCCCACCGGCUAA